GAUAAAAAACUCCAUAACCUUAAUUUGACUUCAUCCUCUAUUAAACAAGUUAAUCUCUCUCUGACAUCAAAUUCUCAUUGUUUGGCAUUUUCUCUCUCUCUCUAGAUCCUGAGUUCCUAAAAUUGGAAGCUUUGCGCCAUUUUCUAUGAAUCCACAACCUUGGAAUUCCAAAAGCAUCUUUUUUUAAUCCUCCCGCACUUGGAUUUGUUGUUAUUUGAACAAAACAAAGCAGUAUUUCUGUUUUUUUUUCUUGAGAUGAGUUGCAGCCUUUCCUGAGUCGCGACUGAGCCGCAAAAAAAAAUAUGAGAGGAACCUCGCCUACUUCGCUAGAGUCCAGGCAUAGGCUCUCUUUCAAUAAUGAGGAUACAAGCAAAAGAAGGUUUCUUAGAAGUAGAGUAUUUAAAGAUGGGGAACGAUCCCUUUAUCGAUCCAGUAUGGACAGGAUAUCGAGCUUCAAGUUCUCCACCUUGAAGGCUGUGAUGGUCAUCAUCAUAAUUGGAGCAUUUUUCACAAUUCUACGUUCUCCGUCAAUUCAUGAUUCAGAUCACAUGUCUCGUUCUCGAUAUAGGUCAAAUUUGGCCGAUAGAUUUGGCAUAGAUCAAAGUUACACAUCACAUUUAAAUAUCGACUGGGAUGAAGCCUCGGCAGCAAUGGAGAGACUAACCGACAGGGACGAGUAUAAGGGAGUAGGGUUGCUGAAUUUCAACGAGGAAGAAAUUAGUCGGUGGAAGCAGUUGCUACCGGAUGCAGAGCAUGUUGUGCUUUUCACAGAUUAUGCCUCUCCGAAUGUCACUUGGGAAACAUUAUAUCCAGAAUGGCUAGACGAGGAAGAGGAGUUCGAUGUUCCCACUUGUCCUUCUUUACCCAGAAUUCACUACCCGGGGAAACCACGGUUGGAUCUUAUUGUGGUGAAGCUUCCGUGUGAUAAAUCCAAACAAAAUUGGGCAAGGGACAUAGCUCGUUUCCACUUACAACUUGAAGCUGCAAGGGUAGCUGCAAUGGCCAAGGGGUAUCAUCCUGUGCAUGUUCUUCUUAUCACCGAGUGUUUCCCGACCCCUAAUCUGUUUACUUGCAAAGAGCUGAUUGUAAGGGAAGGCAACAUAUGGCUGUAUAAGCCCAAUUUGAAUAAACUGAGGGAAAAGCUCAACCUUCCAGUCGGGUCAUGCGAACUUGCAAUUCCUCUUAAGACUGAAGAAAAUUGGAACUCGGGUAAUGCAAGGCGAGAAGCAUAUGCAACUAUUCUGCACUCAGCUCACGUCUACGUCUGUGGGGCGAUUGCUGCAGCUCAGAGCAUCCGUAUGGCAGGUUCGACUCGUGAUCUUGUGAUACUUGUCGAUGAAAGUAUCAGCGACUACCACAGGGGCGGCCUUGAGGAGGCAGGGUGGAAAAUCCAUACGAUUCAAAGAAUAAGAAAUCCAAAGGCAGAGCGAGAUGCCUACAACGAAUGGAACUACAGCAAGUUUCGUCUUUGGCAGUUGACAGAUUACGACAAGAUUAUAUUCAUAGAUGCUGAUCUGUUAGUUCUGAGAAACAUUGACUUCCUCUUCGAGAUGCCAGAGAUAACAGCCACAGGUAACAACGCGACCCUCUUCAACUCGGGGGUGAUGGUGAUCGAGCCAUCGAACUGCACGUUUGAGCUGCUGAUGGACCACAUAAACGAGAUUGAGUCGUACAACGGUGGAGACCAGGGGUACUUGAAUGAGAUCUUCCCAUGGUGGCAUCGGAUCCCUAAACAAAUGAAUUUCUUGAAACACUUUUGGAUUGGUGACGAGCCGGAGAGGAAAGAGAUGAAGACGCGUCUGUUUGGUGCUGAUCCGCCAGUGCUAUACGUGCUUCACUAUUUGGGGAUGAAACCAUGGCUGUGUUUCAGGGACUAUGAUUGCAACUGGAACGUGGACAUAUUGCAGGAAUUUGCGAGCGACGUGGCGCACAGGAGAUGGUGGAAGGUCCAUGAUGCAAUGCCGGAGAAGUUACAGAAGUACUGCUUGCUUCGAUCGAAGCAGAAGGCAGCGUUGGAGUGGGAUCGCAGGCAGGCUGAGAAAGGUAACUAUAGCGAUGGGCACUGGCAAAUUAAGAUACAGGAUCCACGGCUGACGACCUGCUUCGAAGAUUUCUGCUUCUGGGAAAGCAUGUUGUGGCAUUGGGGGGACAAGAACUGGACGGACAACUCCACAGUGACUCUGCCCCCACCGCCACCAUCUUCUGCGCAAACAGCUUCUUUAUAAAUCUUUGGCUUAUUUUUUCAUUUUUUCUACUUUUUUCCUUUUACACCUUGAAUUCUUUUUCUGAAGUGAAGUGAAGUGAUGCUUUAUAAAGGUUUGAGGUUCAUGAGUAACAUAGUAACA